AUGGAGGGGACAAUGCUGACGGCAGGGCAGGACAAGCCACAGAAGCGGGUGAGGUUCCGCGUGGCCUCGGGGAACAGCGGCAGGGUGCUGAAGGAGAUGUUCAAGGAUGAGGGGCCUUCAGACUCCCUGGACUCGGACUGCACCAGCAGCUCGGACGCGGAACGGGCCAGUACCCCCUCUACAAGCGGAGACGCACACGGACACCUGUACGGAUACCUGGGCUCGGAGCUGGAUGACAGUGAGAGUGAGCCUGAUGAGCUACUCAUGUACGCAGGGGCCACCAAGGACUGGACGUUCACCACCAAGAGGGUCAACAUACUCAGCAAAAACGGGACUGUGAGGGGGGUCAAGCACAAAGUCAGUGCAGGUCAGACCCUGUUUGAAAACCUUCCCAAUUCCAGCAGUGUGGAGUUAUCACUUGAGUUUGGGCGGAUUGUGAUCUAUACAACCAGUUUCCGUGUGGUGAGGACCACCUUUGAGCGCUGCGAGCUCGUUAGAAAGAUUUUCCAGAACCACAGAGUGAAGUUUGUGGAGAGGAACAUCGCCCUGGACAGCGAGUAUGGGAAGGAGUUGGAGGAGCGGUGCAAACGUGUUGGAGAACCUCCUUCAUUACCAGUCGUGUUCAUUGAUGGACACUACCUCGGGGGUGCUGAGAAAAUUCUCGGCAUGAAUGAAUCAGGAGAGCUUCAAGACCUUCUGACAAAAAUCGAGAGGGUACAGCAACCCCAGACGUGCCAGACCUGUGGGGGCUUUGCCUUCAUCCCAUGCCCAAUGUGCCAUGGCAGCAAGAUGUCUGUAUUUCGCAACUGCUUCACGGAUUCCUUCAAAGCCCUGAAGUGCACUUCCUGCAACGAGAACGGUCUGCAGCCCUGUGUGAGCUGCAGCCAGUGA